AUGCCACGCACACCUAUUUACCCUGAAGUGGAGCAUUUAAUUUUCCUCAAGAAACGUGCAAUGCUAGAAAAGGUCUCACAAGCUAAUGUACAUAAAGCUACUAAGAGGAAAGACUCUCCUGCUGUAAUAACAGUAAAAAGGAGUGCAAAGAGAAGCCGCCAAACUAAUACUUCAGCAGCGUCAUCCUCUAAAAUUGUUAGGGGCAGCUCAGAUGAUGUAGGACCAGUUCUACAGGCUUACAAAGACACGAAAAAGGAAAGACCUGCAGAAACAGAAUCUAGAUGUGAAAAUAGAUUAAAGAAUUAUGGACAAUCUCUGUCAACCGCAUGUGAAACUGUCGCAACAACAUACAAUAACUACUAUGUUGAAAACUUUGAAAAUAUUAUAUCUAACUACUUUAUCUAUACAUUAAGGACAAAAAUGAGAAAGUUGGCUGUAUCAAGAACUUGGAUAUAUAAUCAUAUAUAUGAUCAAGUGCUUACACAUUCCCAGUCAUCCUCUAUACCUAAUGAUAUUCUUGCCCUUUUUGAUCCGGAUGUGGUUAAUAAUCUUCCAAGUUUCUUAAAUCCUUUGAUUUCAGAAGUGAAGAAUCGCAUGUCCAAGCUUCCAGUGUCUAAAGAAAGCUUAAACAAUGAACCCUUCAAAAUUCUAUCUGCAUUAAGGGCAUAUCCUUAA